AUGAGACACAGAUAUUCAUCUUCUCACUCUUAAGCAUUGAAUGAUAUCAUCUAGAAUGUAGAUUAGUAAGGAACCUAAAGAGAAGGACUUCAUCAAUGUAACUCAAUAGUUAACUUAUAUCCAAUUAUGCUGCCAUCGAUUAGUAAGGAAAGCCUACUUUCUUCAGCUAGAAACACAUCUAAUCAAUCAGCCAAAACCUCUCACUUGAGGGAGAAUGAAUAAUUAUAGUUAAUCAAGAAUAUCUCUCCAUCAUAAAAAAUCUGAUUUGACUCCUCUAACAAUAAGAUCUCAUAGCCCUGUAAGCUAAUUUUAGUAGCAAUAUUUUGAUGCUAUAAAGAAUGACAAUUGUCAAUAAGCUCUGACAAUAUUAAUAAAUAUGAUGAUUCUAUCUGUUGACUAAGAUAACUUAAGUUAGUUAAUUAAAAUAUUUAGAGUUGCAUCGCUAACAUUGUUACAUUUUCAGAGAGUAUGCAAAAUCGAUAAUAUACACAAAGAAUACAAUAUUUUUAAGCGAAUUUGCUCAAGAUUUCGAAACCAUUUAAUGGGCAUUACUACAUUUUGGGAAUCAUAUGCAAAUAAUUAUAAAAAUAUGAGAUUGGAAAAAUCUUCAUUAAAAAGGUAUAUUUUUCAUUAGUGUAGAGUCUAUAGAAUUUGCAUGGUUCAUGUAAAAUUUAGAUGAGGAAUUGAGAUGCUAUGAGGAAUUGGGAAAGUUAUGUUAUUUCAACCAUGAAUUAAAUCUUGCAAAACAGUUACAUGAGAUGAGCAUGGUUGGUAAUCAAAGAAGUGAUUCGAUUUUAAAUAUAAGUAAAAAAGGAAUUCAAUAAUUGAUCAAUAAUUACCCUCCAUAAUAGAUAUCUAUUGAUCAGAAUAUUCUAUCAAAAAUAAUUGACUUUCCUUUUGUUAUAAGAGCUACGAAAGAAGAGAGAGAUACUUAGAAUAGAUAUCUCAGAUUGAAAAAUUAGAAUGUCUUAUUAUUGACAGAAUGUAUCCUCAAAGUGUAGAAGAGAUACUAAACAAAGUGUUAUAAAAUCAUAAUUUCUUUUUUGAGAUUCCUAUUCCAAUUGACUCAUCUUACAAAUUUGUGA